UUUGUUUGGGGUAAGAGACAGAUAGAAGAGGAACAGGCACGUCAGUCUCCCUUUUUCGAGAAUGUCUCUCGCCAAAAACAGCCCGUUUUUUGUUUGGUCACUCAUUUACAUUUGCACUUUUGUUUCUGGCGACGGAACUAACGCGACAAUUUCAGAAGCAGCAGACAAAGUGAAAGUGAUGCCGACGCUGAGUCCUGCUGCUAUGGCCAACUCGCCUGAUUUUAAGCCUGUUGUGGUUCCUCUCCUCUCUCUAAACCUGCUGUCUACUUUCCCAGAGGACCUGGAGAUCAACGAGUACUGCAGCGACCUACUCCACAUAUUCGGGCAGCGGUAUGUGGCCUAUGUGAACUGCCUGGUUCCCGCUGCCCGACCUGUCAAAGUGUGUCUGAACUGUUUCUCCAGCUAUGGCAGCCUCCUCUCAAUAUACAACAACAUCUCAUCGGACCAGAUGGGUCCUGGUAAUGUGAGCUGCAGGGACAGUCUUCUGCGCAGUGAUCGGCUGAUGCUGGUGUUUCAGCUGCACAGCAACGUGAAGGAUCUAUGGACGAGAUCAAACUGUAACAACUGUAUCAAUAAAGAUUUCCAGGGCCUCACCAACGACACAGUCUACUUCAUGUCUACUCUCAACCAAACUCUCACCUGCUUUGAGAAGUAUCAACAGGGGAACCACACAGAGCUGUGCAAAAACUGUAAGAGCACAUACAAAAAUGUGAAUGAGCUGUACGGCCGCAUGGAGAUGAAUAACACUAUGUGUAUUGACAUAGAGGAUGCGAUGAAUAUGACCCGCAAACUGUGGAGUAAGAAUUUCAAUUGUUCCUUCCCUCGUGAGGAGACGGUGCCUGUCAUCGCUGUGUCCAGCUUCAUGCUCUUUCUGCCCAUCAUCUUCUACUUGAGCAGCUUCCUUCACUCGGAACAAAAGAAACGCAAGCUCAUACACCCCAAGCGAGCAAAGUCAUACACCACUCUGAUGAACAUUCAGGACAAGCAGAGCUGAGCGGGGACGAGUGAUGACUGGCUCGAAAAAGGACCCCGUUCUCACCAGAUUUCCCUUCUUUUAUUAAAAGUCACCACCGGAGAGAAAAGUCUUCUUCUUGCCUGUGCCUGUGCCUGAGGUUUGAUUGGCCUCCACAAACUGGACUCUACAGCAGCAUUACCUGUUGUUUACAGGAGGCUGUGAUAUCAGUAUUAAGUAACAUGCACUGGAAUUUGUAAUGCAGAAAACAGACUUCAAAACCAUCUUCUCAGAAAAGAGUGCACACAGAAUUCAAAGUUCCUAUAAAGAUAGUCCACCAACUGUGUUUGAGAAGGUCUGUAACUGCAAUAAUUUAUUAUUGAACUUGUUUUUCAUAACAAGGCAAAUUUUAAAGUACAUUUAAAGGUUUCUAUGAACUGUGAUUGAUUCAAAGUAUAACUAACUUUACUAAUCAGAUAGUUUUUCAUGUUGCUUCAUGACACACUCGUAGUCCGCACACAGAUCCUGGCCCUCCUUCUUUUAUCUCGUUAACAGUCAGGUUGUUUAGUUCAUCUUGCAGUCGGAGACACACAGCUGUCACUAGAAAGACUGAGUGGCUUGAAUGCAGUGUGUGUACGCCUGUGUGUGUGUGUGUGUGUGUGUGUGUGUGUGUGUGUACAAAUGAACUAAUGUGUGUAUGUGCUCUAUUUAUGGGUUGAGAAAUGGGUUUUCUGUCUCUAAUGUAUGUCCAGAAGAGGGCUGCAAAAAGGAAGCACUUGAUGUCCAUUAGUGGUGACAUGUAUCUGCUGUAAGAAGGGGGGUGCACAUCAGUAAGGUGGGGUUGGGUGGGUGGGUGUUGUAAUAAAGACAUAACACACAUAACGUAAGAGCACUGCAAAAUGCCAUGCUGAGAUGUUAGCUGUUUUCCAGUCAGUGUUUUUUGUGGUUGCAUAAAGCUUUAAUGUGCUUUGUUGUCGUUUUCCACUGAUGUUCAACUUAAUUUGUUAAGGGUUUCUGACUGCUCAUGAUAUUUCCUUUUAUGAGGUACGAGUGCUGAAUUGAUGAGUUUGCCCAUUAGGAAUACAUUUAGACACGAUGUGAAGUAAUGUAAAUCUUAAUUUUGAAUGCAUAAGCCCAAAUAAAUAUAUUUUCAUGACAGAAACAACCUGCAGAUAUGUGUGCUGUAA